UUAAUUACUUUAAAUCUGAAUCAGCCUAUUAGAUCGAUGCUAUAUUUACUUAUUUAUUGUUUUUUUAAAGUAGUCUAUAUUAAAAGUAAAUUGAAGCGGAGCGUAAACCAAUCAGGGCUUUAUGCGGAAAUGACGUAAGGACACCAAACAUGGCGUAUGAUUCAAACGGCGUCGCCCGAAUGCAGCACCCCAGACAUUAUGCCCCCCAGCAGCCAGGGAAGGAUAUGGCUGAGGAGGAACGAGUGGGGGACAUAGUCAAACCGUCUUUUGACAACGAGUUGACGGGAAGGAGGAGGCUCCACCAGCUGGAGAAGGAAAAGCUGGAGAUGAUGUCCGCACACAACCAGCAGCUGUGCACGUUGGAGGCGGAACUUACCCGCCUCCGGGCCUCCGUGGAGAAUGGGGAAGCUAAGAGGGCAGAGCUUCAGUACCAGGUGACUGUGAGCCGCAGAGACGCCCAGCAAGCAUGUGAGAGCAACGAAGCACUCAAAGAGCAAGUUGCAUCACUGCGGAAGGUUCUGGACAUGACCCAGCAGGCCAGACAGGAGGAACGACUCGCUUUGCAGCAAGAAGUGGACGAGCGUGACGCACUGAUUGAUGGCUUGACUUCAGAGAGCGAACACCUACACAGACUCCUGCAGUGUCAGAAAGAGGCACUGGAGGAGGCGCAGAGGAGGGUGAUUGCGCUGCAGAAGCAGUGUGAGGAGGAGGUCCGGGGCCACAAAUCUCUGGAGGCCAACAUGGAGGUCGAGCGAGCAGCUCACCUCGAGUUCAAGCGCAAGUGUGAGGUCACACAGGCGGAGCUGGCAGUGGAGCAGCGUGGCCAGCAGAAGGCGCAGUGCAACCUGGAGCUAAUGAGAGAAGAGCUCCGAGAUUUGAAGAGAGCUUACCAGGAGGAGAAAGAGAGCAGCCAAUUCACGGAGCAAGCUCUGCAGCGCCUGAAGACAGAGUACAAGCAGUACAAGUGUGACCUGAGCAUUGCCUUAGAGACAGAGAAAAGGAAGACAGCUGACCUGGCUGAGAAGCUGGAGGAAGAGAAAAGGCAACAUGGCAACACGCACCUGCUUCUGGAACAGGUGCUGAAGAGAGAGAUGCACUGUGGGAAACUCCUAGAAGAGAUCAACGAGGCUCUCCAACAGCACACGCAUCAAGAAGCAAAGGAUGAUGGGAAACAGAGUCCUCCUGCCGACAUGAUGCAGCUGCUCCGUUUGACGCUUAACAGACAGGAAGUAGCUGAGAAACAGGUCCAGGAUUUGCUGGUGACGUGCGAGAGACUUGACGAGGAGAAACAGACGCUCAAACGCGUGGCUGCGCAUCAGAAGCAAUGUCUCCAAGAGGCGUGCCAGCUGUCACUCAAGUUGCAGGAGCAAGCAACUCGCUUGCAAGAAGAGAGCCGUGAUUGGUCCGUGCAAAACGAAGAGCUUCAGAAACAGUCAAAGGCCCACCUGUCCUUCCUGCAUUGUGUGUAUCAGCGCCUGAUGGCGGGCUGUGUGCUCGCAGAGCCGCAAAGCAUGCCGGGUACCAUCAGCUGGUCAAACUUGUGCGACCUCAUCAACGAGCUGGUGGGGCAGCUGACCUCUGACCUCCAGGAGGCCAACAACAAGGUGGAGUGUUUGCAGGUGGCGUGCGAGGAGAAGAGCGGGCACUUGCAUCAGCUGCAGCGGCGUCACAAGCUCAUGCUCUCGCAUGUCCGGGAGCGCGGGAAGAGGCGGGCGGAAGCCUGGAGCAGCCGACACACGCGCACUGUCGCUCAGCUGCGGGAUCUCCUCUUGCGGAGCCGCAGAAAGUCAGCCUCCUUCCUGUCAGCGUGUGCCCUCCUCGCCGGCACGAUGGCGCACGCCCAGCGCCGCCUGAGCAGGCUCGCCGAGGAAAGACAUAUUUUGGCCUCACGUUUGGCGGCGAGGGAGGAGCUGGAGGAGGAGCUGCGGCGGCUGGCUUGCGCUUUGGGCGGAGACGGAGGGGAGAGAAAAACGCAGGGGUCGUCAGCCAGGAGGCGAUGGAGGAAGUACAUGUGCGUAGUAUCGGCAUUGAGGUGGUGGCGUGCCAUCGGGAGGAGGAGCAUGGAGUUGUUUCGGCUGGAGAUGGGACAAGCGGGUCCAGUGGUGUGUGUCGCUUCGUCAACUCUGAUGGGAGAAGAGGACGUUGAACAUCGCGACGCAUUGUGCGCUCGCUGGCUUCGCUCCAAACGUCUGUCCUCCACCAUCUUGGCCUGCAUGGCCGACCUCUCUCCUCCCGCCUGCUCCCCGACACACGUGAGGUCAGCAGCACGGUCUGCAUUGGCUCGCCUCCUGAAUCACAUUGUCAGUCCAUCGGAAUCCGCCCCAGAAAUCUUGCGUGAGAUGAUCCCACAGACUCUUCCCACGAGCGACUCGAAGAUGCUGGUAUCCCGGCUCCAACAGCACUUCCUGCUCCUCACCCAACGGCUGCACUCGGCCGAGGUGGAGAGGCGGAGCCUGAGGCUGCAGUUGGCCCAUCUGAGAAGAACUGAGUACAACCGAGAGGACAACUGCAGAACGGUUUCAGCAAAGCACUUCCACAGCAUGUGUUCCGACCUCCGCCAAGCAGUCGCUGGGGAACAGGAAGCUCGCGCCCUCCUUCAGGAGCAAUCGGCACAGCGAGACGCCCUGCAGCUGCGAGUCAACAGGCACGCCACCGAGCGGGAACAAGCCCACCGUGCGCUCCGACGCAUGGCGGAGGCGCUGGCAGAGGCUCGACGGGGCCUGAGAGGGAAGGAGCGCUCGUUGAGGAAUCUGGGCAAGCACUUGGCACGUGUGGACAAAGAAAGGCGGCAUCUGGAAGGGCGACUGCGACAUUUUCAGGACGCCACCAGGAUCACGAUCGGCUCCAGGAAGGCAGCAAGGCGGCGGCAUAAGGCAGUGUCCGACUUUUCUACUUCUGGUGCAUUGCCAAACCCAGGAAGUGAAAAUCGUGAACGGCAUCAUCCAGGUCAGAGGUCACCAAUGGGUGAUUUGGCCCCAGACUCAGAGAGACUAAACGAAAACAUUUAAACUGUUCCUUCUGAAAACGAAUGUUUCAGGAGGCAUUAUGGAUGAAAAUGAAAGCAGAAUAUCCAGACAUUGUCAAACAAAAAGUUUUGAAUUCCAUGUGCCCGUUCCCUAUAUUUUAUUGAUGAAAAGUGAGAUUUUUAAAAUGUAUUUAUUUUUAAUUAAUUUAUUUUUUUUGCAAUGACAGCGACCGAAAUGAAAUUAUUGAUAACACAUUUUGCGCAUUUGGCGGCCCGGUAGUCCAGUGGUUAGCACGUUGGCUUCACAGUGCAGAGGUACCGGGUUCGAUUCCAGCUCCGGCCUCCCUGUGUGGAGUUUGCAUGUUCUCCCCGGGCCUGCGUGGGUUUUCUCCGGGUGCUCCGGUUUCCUCCCACAUUCCAAAAAUAUGCGUGGCGGGCUGAUGGAACACUCUAAAUUGUCCCUAGGUGUGAGUGUGAGUACGAAUGGUUGUUCGUUUCUGUGUGCCCUGCGAUUGGCUGGCAACCGAUUCAGGGUGUCCCCCGCCUACUGCCCGAAGACAGCUGGGAUAGGCUCCAGCACCCCCCGCGACCCUAGUGAGGAUCAAGCGGUUCGGAAAAUGAAUGAAUGAAUGACAUUUUGCGCAUUCAUUAUUGUCUCUCUCCAAUUACACCAAAAUGGGGCUGCUUUGUUAAAGGAAAAACUGUUUGACUCUUUUGUUUUUAUUUGGUAAUUCCCGUUUGUGAAAGUGAUUUGUGGUGCAAAAUACAGUGUGGACAGCCAGCCUUGUGCUCUCCAUUUUUGUAUAUGUGUGUGCGUAUAUAUACUUUUUGGGUGUGCGAGAAGUUUUCAUCAGACAAACACUUUUAAGUGAAGCAUCAGCACAUCUCUACUAAGGAAUCCACACCCUGAGGCAACACAUGCAGACAAAAUUGUGCCGACUUUGCUCUUUUUUUUGUCAGUCACCAUCCUAACUUGUGAGGUGAAAUGAACUUCCAAGGAUAACACAUUGCUGGUUUCCGUGGUGAUGGAGAGCAUUUAUUUAUUUUUAACAUCUCAUCUUGACAUUUGCCUCAAAGGAAUAUCAAGUACACCAACCCAUCAUGUGUUUUUGUGUGUAGGACUAAGUUAAAAAAAAGUGCCAGCUCAGAAAGAAAAGUGGCACAAGGGCUGACGCCGGCAUUUUCAUUCAGGUGCCGUCAUGGUCUGAGUUUGUCCCACCGGAUUUAAAUUGAGUUCCGCCCAUAAAAGGACAUGCCUCCUUCCUGGGGGGAGCGAAGCACAAGGAUCAAAGUCUUAAUCCCCCUUUGACAAAAAAAAUAAAAUUGUUGAAGUAUCAACUCAGUGGAUCGUUGCCUCUAAACAUGGCCGCUCAGCACAGUAAUCCUCUCGAGUCCCGAAAGUCACUUUGACAGCAAGACGGCGCUAAUCGGCUUCCUUGACGCUUCCGUCCUCGGGCGACAAACAAGUUGUCGCAGCAACAAGAAUAAACAACUUGCCCUACUGGGAUCUGACACCCAGAACCUCUCUUGGCUGCCACCUUGUCACGUCCACGAUCCUGACCGCCAUUUUGUCAUGUCCGCUGUCAUCUACUUGAACUUCAUGAAUGCUUAGAUGCAGGCGUUCCUGGGCAUGUGCGAUUUUUGCCAAUCAGCAUCAGCGUUCUCCAAUCAGAGGCCGGUGGGUGGAGUCAAAUAGUGAACAAUAAGAGGAAAACGGGCGAGCAGCUGGUAGACGAGCGAGAACACGCCAAGGACUUGGAGGGUCGUGCCGCCGCCAGGAGAAGUCAACUUUGUCCACCAUUCAGCAAACGCGGCAUGAGCUGUGUCACAUUCUACCCUCGCAGGGUCGAAAGUUGUCCCAUUUGGUAAGCGUGCCUCGCCCUGGCAACACGCUCGCUGGUGGUGUUCCUGACAGCCUUCGUUUGGGAGGGCGCCGGAGCCCUGAGGAGGAGCUGCUACUCCUCCAACACAUCCUGUACUUUGGCUCGACACGGCCUAGUGCCCAUGACAUGGCGGCUGUCAGUCGCACAAAUCCCGCUCCCGCCAAGGAUCAGGUGCGUGGAGCCAUGUGGAACCCUUGCCUCCAUUUUAUCCCUUUCUACUUCCAUCCCACACUUUCCUCUACCCUCGAUUCAACUCCUUCCCACUUCCACCCUGCUACCUCCACUCUCUGCUCCUUCCAAUGGCCCCACAAGGGACGGGUCUCGUGCGGCCUGUGUGGGAAAAGUUUUUAUGACAAAGGAACUUUGAAGAUCCACUACAGUGGUGUGCACCUCAAAAUUAAACAUGGCUGCACGGUGGCGGGCUGCGCCAUGCUGUUCAGCUCACUGCGCAGUCGGAACCGACAUAGUGCCAACCCCAACCCGCGUCUGCACCGCUCCGCUUUCACUGCAAAAGAUGCCUCCAAGUGCGACUGGAUACCCCCUCAAAGUGUGGGCGGCAUCGCCCGUGGCAUGAUGACAGCGUGCCAGUCAGCAUCGGCACGUGACAGGGUGGGCAUACCAGAGCAACUUGUCGCUGUUAACAGCCUGCCGGCGAAUCAACAGAAGUUUUGGGAGUCACAUGGAAGCUUGCCGGAAAAGAAAAAGCCUCGGAAGUCGAGCCUGCCACUAAAAGUCGUCAGUCAACUGGAAUGAAUUAAAAAAAAAAAAAAAAAAAAA